ACUGUUUGGUGCGGUGGUUUUCCCAGCCAGUUUAGUUAGUUUAGUGGAAGCUUUUCUUGGCCAAAACCAGUUCAUCUGUGGAAAACUCUGCUGCAGUCGACGGUGGCCUUUCACACAUUUCAGUUUCACCCAGCUCCAGGCCUAGCCCCAGCCCCAGCAAACUCAUUUGCACUUGCACUUGCCACUCUUGGCUUGCGGGCCUCACGGUGCUGUUCGUUUUUUGGUGUCGACGGGUGCUGAGAGAAUCUCUUCCAAAUUCUGUACCAUGCAGCUGGUGUAUCGCGAACUCGAUGCGGACAUUGUCCGGCGCACCAAUGCGGUUUUUCCGGCUCAGAAUUGCUUUGUGGAGGUGCUGCCCGACCAGUUGAUCAUUCCCAGGAAAUAUGUCGAGUUGGGCGAAUCGAUACGCUCGCUGCCCGUGUACGAGGACGAUGUGUGGAUGGUAUCCUAUCCGCGCACGGGGUCCACCUGGGCACAGGAGAUGGUCUGGCUGCUAGGCCACGAGUUGGACUAUGUGGCCGCUGAGCAGGACAUACGGAUGCGGUCUCCACUCCUUGAGCUAUCGGCGCUGUUCAGCACAGAUCAUCAUGAAAUGGUGGCUCAGGCUUUUGGCAACACCGUGGAGCUGGUUCGCAAUCUGCCACGGCCACGCUACGCCCGGUCUCACCUCUCCUGGCAGUUGCUGCCCGAACAGUUCGAUGAGGUGAAGCCCAGGAUUGUGUACACGGCGAGGAACCCCAAGGAUCUCUGUGUGUCCUACUUCCACUACUGCAAGCUGCUGCACGGCAUCAGUGGGGACUUUGAACAGUUUGUGGAGCUGUUUCUGGGCGGGCACACUCCCAUGGGCUCCUACUGGAAGCAUGUGCUGCCCUUCUGGAAGCGCAGCAACGAUGAGAAUGUUUUAUUCAUCAAAUAUGAGGACAUGAUUACCGAUCUUCCCGCCGUGGUGCGCCGCUGUGGCCGCUUCCUGAAUGCCCCACACCUGCUGAACGAGUCCAGCAUGAAGCGAAUCUGCGAACAUCUCACUUUUGACAAAAUGCGCCAAAACAAGGCGGUAAAUCUGGAAAAGGUGCUGCCCGGUGCGGCGUCCAAGUUCAUACGCAACGGGAAAAUCGGCGACUGGCGCAAUCACAUGAGUGACGCGAUGUCCGAGCGUUUUGAUGCCUGGAGCGAGCAACAUAUUCGUGGUUCUGGUUUAAGAUUUGAUUAUGACUAA